CAACUUGCGUCAUCAAUUGCCACGACACGACGCUCAGAAAGUGUUGAACGAUACAGACAACAAAGAGUGUGUAGCUUGCAAUAGCGAACGCUGUCAGGACACAAAGAUUGACAGCGCGACUUGCAGAAGGUAGACAUUUCUUCAUCCAGCUCUGCACAAUGGCCGUUAUCGAUCCCCACUAUCUAUGGGCAGCCGGGCACGCUGUCAUGCUCCUCGGUUCAGCGUACAUCCUUCUCCAGACUGUAUUCUUCCGCGGAACUCCAACCAAAAUGUAUCGAUUAUCAUACACUGGCGCAUUAUUGAGCUAUGCCAUCGUUGUGCUCAAGUCACUGGGUCGACCGAGCCCAGAUGCAGCUUGGUUGAGGAGAGCGUUUGUGGAUGAGAACGUUCAGUACAUGAUAUUGGCGUUGUUCUGGUGGAUCUCAAAGCCCAUCAGUAUCACCAUCCUUCCAUACGCUACUUUCUCCCUGUUUCAUUGUCUGACAUUCUUGCGGACCAAUGUUCUGCCAAAGAUCGCUCCUCCUCCCGCCGCAGCCCAGGGUCAAGCUAGACCUCCGCCAAAUGCCGUUCAGGGUCUCAGUCAACGCAUUCAAGUCUGGGUCAAGGCUAAUUAUGAUACCGCUAUGAGAUUCGUCGCGUACGCUGAACUCGCCAUUUUUGCGAGAAUCAUCUUCGGAGUGGUAACCCGCAAGAUCAGUCUCAUGGCACCACUGUUUAUUGCGCAUUUCCUUCGUCUUCGAUAUCACGCUUCACCCUUCACACGUCAAGCCGUUGGACGAGUGACAGCUCUCAUAGACGCUAGAAUUUUGCCGAUCGGAGGUCGUGUUGCUCAAGCUUACGAGUUCGUCAAGAGGAUGAUUGCGUCCUGGGGUGGAGCAGGCGUACAAGGCGCUGGACAAGCAGCCGGACCAGGUGCAGCUGGAGCAGCAGCGGCUGGUGGUGCUGGUGCUGGAGCUGCAGGGAGGAGAUAGAAGCGGGCUCAAGUCUGACACACAGAUUUCGGGUCUGGUGGCCCUCUCAUAUGCACUACUGUGUCAUACUGACUCGCUCAGGCUUGUGAACUAGAAACCCAAGCGACUCUCGUCUCCAUCUGCGCGUGCGACAGGAAUGUUAUCUGAUCCUUCCAGAUUGCCUGAAGAUAUCAGGAUAAAAGAGAGGCCCUGACUAGAGGCGGCCGACCUUAUCGCUUACUCAACUGCAU